GCGACAUUUCGCAUGCUCAGAACACGCCAGGCUGCGGCGUAUCGCACAUUGAGGGACGCAAACAGAGGGAAAAAGAGAAAAAAGGAGAUUAAAAAGAGAAGAAAAAGAGGGAGAACAAAAGGGAAAAGAUAAAGAGAGUGAGUUCGCCGAUUGCACACCUCGUGAAAAGUUGUGCUCAACGUCGUUCGGAAAAUUCGUUACAAAAUCGCUAUAAAAUAAUAUCUCGUACGAGAGGGAGAGAGAGACAGAGAGAGACAGACAGACAGAGAGAGAGAGAGAGAGAGAGAGAGAGAGAGAGAGAGAGAGAGAGAACAAAGUGCGAAAUAAAUUGUCGAGGAAGAAAGAAGGUGGUUACGUUCGUGUCGCGCGUGUCAUAUUCGUUUGUUUCGUUUGAAAAAGAAGAAAGAAAUCAAAAAGCAGAAAGAGGAGAGUGAAAGGGUUGUUUGGAAAGAUUCCUUUUUCAUUCGAGAACUGUGCAUCGUUCUUUCUCUUUGUAAUUGAUUCUUUCUCCGAUUUUUUUCUUCGAUCGACGACUGAGAAGAACAAAGAAGAACACAACAAGUUUUAUUCAUUGAGGAACGUGCUUGCAACAUCGUUCUGGACGCAAGUCCUUCGUUGGCGAGAUGCUACUAUGGAUGUGGAAAGUGCGAGAAAAGUGAGAUAACGAGAGACAAAGAGAGAAACAAAGGAGAUCUCUCUCGCAGGAAAGAGGAAGGGAGAGAGAGAGAGAGAGAGAGAAAGAAAGAUUUAGACAGAGGAAGAAGGUAUACCGUGAAAGUAGAGUGAUAUGUUAACCGAAGACAAUGACCCGACGAAACCAGCAGGCGUUUUAGACAAUGCUGGCAACGUGUCUUCCUCGACGGAGGCCUCGGUACAGCACCCUCGCAGCACAAACAAUGAAACCGAAGUUAAAAACGAAGUCCAGGACUGUCCGGAGAACGAAAGUGUGCCGGGUAGCGAAUUGUACAUCGACGAGAACGCCGAGGAAAAGGAACAGGAGUAUCCGGAUUCUAUGGAAAAGGCUGACUACGGUACUCUCUAUGGCGCCAAUCAAUACUAUAACAGCAUAUACAAUUCGCCUACUUACGGAUCGACGACGGGCACCAAGAACACGUCGAGCUUGCAAAGCUCUUAUCUAACUUCGUACACAACCCCAAGCACGAUGACGCAGUAUUCGUCGUAUGCCGGCUACAAUAGUGGUACCACGACGUUCCCUAACGUAGGACAAAAUAUAUCCUCGGCUUCCCAGAAGCUGGACUAUACCGCUUAUGGUAGCAGUUUGUACGGAAACGACAGGGUACCCCUUCAAUAUUCUGGCUAUUAUCCGAUGCCUGGUUACCACACGACUCAUACGUCCUUCAACAUAGGAAAUCUCAACUUUGCUGAUUCGACGAAGACAGCACUCACGCUGGACGCGAGCGCUCAUGAUGCGAGUGACCCGACCGCACGAGAGACCACAAACGUCGAAGGGACUACAGCGAAGCCCUGCAGGCGCGGUAGGCGGCAGAGCGGAAGCGGAAACAGUAUCGGUUCCGCGGACACGACGGAAGCCGGCCCCGAUCGUAUAUUCAUUUGGGAUCUCGACGAAACCAUAGUCGUGUUUCAUUCGCUUCUCACUGGUCAAUUCGCUACGAAGCACCGAAAAGAUCCUACCUUGCUCGCACAGGUAGCCUACAGGAUGGAGGAAAUGAUAUUUAAUUUGGCCGACACACACUUUUUCUUCAACGACAUUGAGGAUUGCGAUCAAGUACACAUAGACGACGUAUCGUCCGACGACAACGGACAGGACCUAUCCUCGUACAAUUUCGCAACGGACGGCUUUCAAUGUGCUUCGGCGAACAACGGUAUAUGCUUAGCCUCCGGGGUACGCGGUGGCGUAGAUUGGAUGAGAAAGCUCGCCUUCCGUUAUCGCAAGAUAAAGGAGAUCUACUGUAAUUAUCGCAACAACGUUGGCGGUCUGCUCGGAGCGGCGAAACGCGAACAAUGGGUCCAGCUGCGUUCAGAGAUCGAAGUUCUCACCGAUAAUUGGCUGACGUCGGCCGUCAAGUGUCUCAGUUUGAUCAACAAGAGAAGCCAUUGCAUCAACAUUCUCGUAACCACCACUCAACUUGUGCCGGCCCUCUCCAAGGUCCUUCUAUUCGGUAUCGGUGGAAUAUUUCCCAUUGAGAAUAUUUAUUCCGCAUCUAAAAUAGGAAAAGAGAGUUGCUUCGGAAGGGUGGUGGCUCGUUUCGGUCGUAGAUGUACGUACGUCGUGAUAGGGGAUGAUUCCGACGAGGAGACGGCAGCGAGAGCGCACAACUUUCCUUUCUGGCGAAUAAACAGUCACUCGGAUACUCAGGCGCUUUAUAACGCUUUGGAAAUGGGAUUCCUUUAACCUGCUUCCCUGAUAAAAAGACAAAGGCGAGAGAAAAAGAGAAAGAAGAACGAGGACGUUUCUUUAAAGAGGAGUUCUCUUUUGUGAAAAAGAGUGAAAAGCUUAUAGCAAAAAAUCAACGAUAAGGAUGAAAUGAAAAAAAUGGGUCCAGGGUCCACAAGUGAUAUAUAAUAAACGAAUGAAAGUAUAACGAGCGGAGAUAAUUAAAAAGGGGUGAAAAAAGGAUGAAAGUAUAUAAAAACAGGGUGUUUUCUGAGUAACUGCGAUAAAUUUCUAUCAUAAAUAUAUAACGAAUUUAUCAUUUGAACGAAAAAAAAAAAAAAAAAAAAAAAAAACUAAUAUAUCGCUGAAAGCUUCGAAAAUAUGUAUAUCUCGGCAGGAUCACUUUCAAUCCUGAAGAAAUAAUAAACUCGUGUGUUAAGAUACGGUUCGCAAAAAAUGGGUACGCACAUACAUAUCUGAAAAGUAUUCAAAUAAAAAUUGAACCUUUUCGUUAAGCGUUUGACUCCAAUCGUCCGAGAUCCUUGAAUAGAUCUAAUUUGUCGCGUACGAUCAGUAAACACCCUGUAAAAGUGACAGUCGAACGAGCUUAUUUUCAGUCGAUCGUUCAAGAUCUUUUCGAGAAGAAAUUUUCUUUUUUUCUUCUUUUCCCUAUUAAUUACGACAAACAAUUCAUCCUUUCUGUGUACUUAAAACAAAAAACGGAGCACGGUACAUACCGGCUUUUUUCUCUUCUUCUUCUUUUGUCUAUUCAUUUCCUUUUUUUCUUGCCUCGUUUGUCGAUACUCGCGUAAAAAACAAAACUAGCAAAAUCUAAAACGUCGUCGUACGUCUCUCGGUUCGAAUUCAUUUUACUGUUUUAAUUGUUCCUUUCAUUGUUUCCGUUUAUUUUCAAAUGUAAAAUCGCCGAUAAGAACGAACAAACUUAUAUUGAUUUUAAAGUUAUAUUUUAGUAUUAAAAGGACGAUGUAUAAACUUUCUCCUCUAGUACAUACAAUACGCGCGUAGUACAUACACUCGACGUACGUUGCAAAGAAGUUAACAAACACGUGAAUUUUAUUUUUGCCGUGGAAGCGAUCGACGUGAACAAGCGUGAGAUUAAAAAACGAUAGGAGAUUAAUAAUUAUUAAGAAAACAGAAAUUAAUAAAUAUAAAUAUGUGUGUAUAUGUACACUAUAAUGGAGAGAGAAAUUGAGAGCGGGAGGGAAGGAGAGAGAACAGAAACAAGUGCGAGAGUGAUCAAAAUUAAUUAGAUAAUCUUAUUAAAGCGUAGGAUGGGACACGAUUAGCGCAAAGUUAAAGACGUUGAACGACUGUGAAAGUAAUUUAAUGUAAGUUUCAUGAAAUAUAAGCUCGUUAGGGGGAGACUGUAAUUCGAAAUAUAAUCAAGUUACAUUGUACAGCGGCAUUUUAUGUUUUAUCGAUCAUCGAGAGAGUUAACGAAGGGAGAAAGAAGCAAGACGAGAAAGAAGAGACGAAACGAAAGUAAAAUAACGAAAUAGAUAUUUCUUCCUGUUGAGAUCGUAUGUACAUGCAACGUAUACGAGCGAAUCGCUAUCCGUUUCAAUUCGCCAAAUAGUUUGUUUUUCUCUUUCCUUUUUUAAAUUCUAUUUAAAGGAAAAGAAAGUAAAAGUAUAUUGUUGCAAGUUCGACGAUCGUAAAAAUGUAUGUAUGUACGUAUGUAGAUACUUCGAAAUAAGUAUGUACUUUACUCUUUUCCUUCUUACGGACAAGCGCACAAACGGCAUACAAUUACAUCUCUCUAAUUUUUAUCAUUAAUAGGAAUAAUUAAGUGUCUUUUAACAAUUAGAACAAGUCGAAAGGUAAAGAUCGUGUAUCAACAUUCCAAAAUUUUGUUUAAUGCAUGUUACCUCUUUGUCGCUGGUUGUGAUGUAGCCAUUAUUGACCCAUAAGAACCGUUUAUAAGAAAAUAUUUAUGAAAUCAAACGUAAUUACUUUGUUACAAUAGAUUCUUAUCGUUAGAAAAUUUUUAGCAAUUUUUAUAGCGAUAGCGUAUUUUUAUAAAACGCUUUCAUCAAUGUCUGAUAGAUCUUUUCUUACUUAUGGUAUGGCUGCAUCACCAUUCGCCGCUUACGAAGCGUGCGUGCAUCGAGUAAAAGAUGCGACACAAAUCAAUUUACCUGUACUUACGUCAAUCUUCUAAUACACAUACGAUACCAUAUCAUACCACGCCAUACGUCAGAUAAUUUGCAUUUCUUUCUGGUAAUAUAUCCCGACCGAUCAAAACGAAUUAGAGGCUACUUCUUUGCUCGAAUAAACAGCACAUUUUAAUUUUCAAAUUACAUAAGCAUAGAUUAAUCGAGUCUCUUCAAAUAUUUGACUCUACGAUUAAAGAUAUACA